UUCUCCCUGUCCUCUGCUUGCUCUCUCUCUCUCUCUCUCUGCUGCUUACAUUACAUUUUUGUCUUUCCCAUUCCCUCUGGCUUUAAACCAUUUCCAGGACAGAUUUGUUGUAAACCUCUUUUUCAAUCCUCCGUUGUCUGGCCUAUUGAAGAAGGCCGCCUGGAAGCUCAGUACAUUUCUGCUCUUUUCUUUUUUUUUUUUUUUAUCAUCAGUUUGUUCACAUUUUUCUAUGAGGCCCUAGCAUCAGUUUUUCAUCAGGGGAAAAAAAAAUGCCACGCUCUUUUUUGGUGAAGCAGCCGAAGGUUCACGAUUGCUCCUCUUCCAACUACUACCAUCAGCACCAGCAGCACUGGGACGACUCUUACACUGUGACACAUGCCAUCACAGAGUCGGCCACCAACUUGGCGGUGCGUUUGAGUGAAAAUGGCUACAUCCACGAUUACACCAUCCCCUCAGUUUUGCAGAGCACAAAGCAGCCAGGUCAUGAGCAGACCGGGCUCUCCUCAGGACCCCUGUACUCCCCAGAUGGCAGCGGCGGGGAAGAGUACUCCGACCAUGACAUGGAGCAUCCGGACAGCCCCGUCUCCAGUGACACAGUCGAGUCAGACAGUAGUGUCCCUGAGUUGGAGGCGUGCACCCUUGACGCCUUCCUCAUCUCUGACGGCCGCUCCCGCCGGAGACCCAACCAGAGGUGUCCCCGCAAGGGAGGCAGUCAGUCGGACAGCAGCGAGGGUGUUGAAUCAGCAGACUGCAGCCCUGCUAAAGGGAAAUCUAAAGGUCGCUACGUGUGCAGCGAGUGCGGAAAGUCUUACGCCACAUCCUCCAAUCUGAGCAGACACAAGCAGACUCACCGUAGCCUGGACAGCCAACAGGCCAGGAAGUGUCCCACAUGCCACAAGGUGUACGUGUCCAUGCCAGCGCUGGCAAUGCACAUGCUGACCCAUGACCUGAAGCAUGACUGCACGGUGUGCGGCAAAGCUUUCAGUCGACCCUGGCUCCUGCAGGGCCACAUGAGGUCCCAUACAGGGGAGAAACCAUUCGCCUGCGCACACUGCGGCAAAGCUUUUGCCGACCGCUCCAACCUGCGCGCCCACAUGCAGACACACUCUGCCUUCAAGCACUACUCCUGCAAACGCUGCCACAAAAGCUUCGCACUCAAGUCCUACCUGAACAAGCACUACGAGUCGGCCUGCUUCAAAGGCUACCAAGCAGAAGACGACUGCAGCUCUGAGGACUGAGUGGGAAAUAUUCAUCUCUUUCAUUUCUAUUUAUACACUUUUUAAUAGUUCAAAGUCAGAGAAGAGCUUGUCACUUCACUUCUCAGGCUCGUCACAUGCAUGCAUCAUACUCCUGCCUUUUGAUAUAAGCAAUAACCCAAUUUGAAAUUGUUCAGGAAUUAUGUAUGAAAUUCAUAAAAAUCUCAGUGUUGAUCAGAGACAUAAAAUAUUUUAUAUUGUUUUUUAUAAAUUGAAUUGCAAUAAUUUACAUGCAAGUAAUAUUUUAAAUGCCAACUAGCUCUUAC